CUCCACAACCUGGUCAGAAAAUCCUCCUAACAUUUCGAGAAUUUGACACAGAAUGUUGUUAUGAUUAUUUGAAAGUCUACGAUGGAUCAUCAAAACAGAAACGAUUAGGAUCAUUUAGUGGAAGCACUAUACCUUCUACUUUAAUAUCCGAUACAUCUGCAGUAAGUAAGAUAAUUCUAGCCAUAUUGGGGGUUGCCAAGAAUAGUAUAGUAAUGAGAGCUUAAUAAGAAAGCAUGCGCCUAGGAGUUGCACACUCAAUUUAAAUGCUGUUUAAAGCCUUGAUUUGUAAUGGGCGUGUUUUGCUCCAAUGGGAAUCCAAAGUUAUUCAAUUCACUGGCAGAUAGUUCUUGCUCUGUGAAUUAUUGAAGCAUUGGAUAGUGUACAAGGGUCUGUUUAAAUUUAUAAAUAGUAUUCUGGCUAUAGGCACGAUUGGAUGUUUCUUUCCUGUACUGUACGUUUAGCGGGAAAACUCAUUCAUGCAUGAUGUUGUACGUGCCUACGUGGUUGUGUGGACAAAAUACACAGCUGGGUUAAACAUCAUAUACAUAUAUAUCGUAAUCGUGGAUUAUCCAUCUACACCAAUAAAACGAUUGCCUUUCUCAUGAUCCAGUAAUUGUAAUGUAUGUAUCUUACGCUGUGUUUCUUCCGUAUUGUUUUUCAGCUGACUGUAGAAAGUUUGCUGCAUUUGAGUGACGUAAUAGGACAAAAUUAUUUGCUUCCUUGCCCUUGGCUUCCUUGCACCACGCUUAAAAAUGCGUAAUCCUUAACUUGAUCGUAUUGAACGUGAAACUCGGUGUUUUGAUCGUAUUUAAGUAAGAUAGAAUAUCGUUCAUAUAGCCACCAAUUAGGCUAUAUACUCAAAACCUGCUCGGCAACAGUGAAGUAUUUGCAGCCAUGCAUGUUUUGCGGACGUCCAGUGCGGCUCGUAGGUAGCAGGUGCAUGGUGAUGACUAAAUAUGUAUACGCACUCGCUAUCACCUUGCAAGUGCUUAUGAACUUCCCUUGAUAAUGAGAUUCUACUUCAUAAGUGAAUUUUAUAUUAUGCCAUAAAAAGUAUGCCAGAGUAUGCCAUAAAAAAUUUUCCCUGGCAGAAAAAUCCAAAAGUAUAAACAUUUGUUGUGUAAGUCAAAUAUAAAACUUGCUGCAUAUGUAGAUUUCAGAGAACGCACGGUGCCGCACCAUGUGAUAAACUUCAGUCAUGACACAAGAUAAUCUCAACUUGAAAAACACUUUUUUGGAAUUUUUAAACAAUAAGUAAAUUACUGGCAUCCCAGUGUACAAGAUGACAGAAAUUUCCUGCAAGACGUAAGAAAAUGUCCUGCGAAGAUAUUUUGAUUCCCUGGCAUGCAGCGGUGCUGCUGGCGCUGCCGGACACUUUGCAGCACUGAUAAGGGCUCUUUUUUCUUCUUUACCUCGCAGAUUGUAUUGGAAUUCUUCAGUGACAACUACAAAACAGGAGGUGGCUCUGUCAUUGAUUUCCUAAUCACUGACUGCCCAGGAAACUGCAGUGCUCAUGGUAGUUGUAUUGGAAACCAGUGUUCCUGUGAUGAACUAUACACCGGUGCAGCAUGUGAUAUUGAAAUCUGUCCUGAGUUUUGUAACAAUGUUACAGGAAAUGGUCAGUGUUCACAGGUACUGCGGAUAUUUCUAUGACGUAUUUAACAGUUACGUAAAUGUGAUGAAUUAUUUACUGAGGGGUAACAUGUAAAUGACGAGUGUUGCGCAGGUUUACAUGAAUGACAAAAUGAUUAGGCUUUUUUCGUGGAUUGAAAUUACGAACGAACAUUAGACGGACCAGUUGCGAAAAAUGCAAUUAUAUAGCCUUAACAUUGCGUUAGGUCGAAUUUGGUGCUCAAAAUUUAGCCGGGUAAUCGAUUAAUUUACAGUAACGGAAGCGAUAUACAAUAUGUAUAAAUCCAACAUACUGUAUCUAUGUAUGUGAGGCCAGACUUUAUUAUUUUUUGGUUUACGGAUUUUUCCCUGUAUAUGAAUUGAUGACGUCACUACGGAACUUUUUUGAAAAACAGUGCGUUCUAUCUAUAUUUAUUCAAAUGCACGCUGUAUUGUAGCACAAACGUCUCGAGAAAUAGGCUUUUUAGAGUGAUUUUCGCACGCGUGUCUUGCCAUAGAAACGUCAUGUGUUACUUAAGGCCCUGUCACACUAUUGCGUAUGAGAGAAACGUAUGAGAAGCGUAUGAAAAUUAAUGAAAUAAUUUUCAUACGCACAAAAAACCUUUGAAAUGCCAGCGUAUGAGUACCGUACAUCUGGCGUACCUCUAGCGUAUUCAGCGUGUGCCUAGAGUAUGCUUAUCGUAUCAAACCAUACAUCCGAAUACCCACAAAAUUUUUGAGCAUGCUUAAAAAAAAAUUUCUGCCUCGCCGUAUGCCAGCGUAUGCCACCGUAUGCGACCGUGCUUGAAACGUAUAAAACCUAUGCCUAACGUACCCCUAGCGUAUGUCAGCGUAUACCGGCGUAUGAGUGAUAUUUUUCAUACGCUGGCAUACGCUAGUACGAUACGCAAUAGUGUGACAGGGCCUUAAAACUAACAUCAUUUCAAAGAAUAAACAUUAAAACAUACGAACAUGCAGAUAUCUGCUGCAUAAAGUCUAAAAAUGUGAAACUGUUGUAAACUGUAUCGAGCCACGUUAGCUCUAGCCUCUAGUGUCAAAGUAGCAUAUUUUUAAAGUUCAUGUAAUUCUGUUGUAUAUUCAGAGCAAAGGUUGUGAAUGUACUGGCGACUUUAUUGGAGAGUCAUGUUCAUUUUCACUCCGUGACGACGUAACGACUGGUAGUUGGCAUUUGAUCAGAGAUUACUCUACUGUGUUCCGAAGUCGUUUUGCACAUGCUGGUGUAUAUGUUCACAACGCAUUUUGGAUAUUUGGAGGUAAAAUGAUGCAGUUAUUGUGCCCACCAAUAUGUGCCUGAUUGACUGCUUGUGAACUUUGCUUGAAAAUAAAUAAGACUCGAUAUUAAGUUUUUUGAUUUCGAAGAAAAAACCCACUGCAUGUGGACGUAUUUUGAUUUAUUUGGACAAUACGAUUGAUUAUUGAAAACGCUUUAUCGAUAACGACAUGUAUUGAAACAAUGCAUCAACGCAACAACAGUGUAUAUGUUUGGAUUCGUUCAAUCAAUAAUUCACAACGAUUGUUUGAACCGAGGUUAAGAGAUAAUUAAGGGGAUGUUUACAACUACAUGACCCUGAUUUGCCGGGUGAGAUGGAAGGCGGCAUAAUUUUGAUGUAUUGCAAUUAGUCACUAGGCUUAGACGAAAAUUCAAACGCCGGUUAAAAGAAGUAGAACACAAAUGUUCUAGAGAAGAUCUCGUAGUUGAAGAAGAUUAUUAUUGAUGCUUCAACAACCUUUCGUUUGCAAUUAUACUAUAAUAAUAUUUGAGGCGGGAUAAUUUUUUAUGUAAUUACUAAUGACAUAAGUCACAGUGCACGAUUAUACUCGUCCCGACAAAGCGGGAUCAUGUAAAUAGCCCGGAAGUAACUGUUUUAAUCCCUAUAGCUGUCCAUGCUUUCUACUUUGAAAUGUGGAAUUGUUUGUAAUUUGAUAUGUCCAAAUGAUGCUGAUUCAUGUACUCGUUGCAUUUUAUCACACCCCAGGAUAACCAUGCAGUGAUCCAUGUAAAAUCAGGGUAAAACUCAGUGGAAAAAACUUCUUGAAGGAACGAGAAAAGAUAUUAAAACUGGUUUUUUUUUAUAUACAGGGGGUAGAGAAAGCAAGUUUUAAUACUCACAACUUGUCUUCCACUGUAGUUGUAAUAAAUUAUUAUCGUCCUUCAAUUUCAUGUAAUUAGAUGCAGAUUCUUACUCGCUUAUAAAAACUCAAAAACUACAAUCAGCGUGUCUUUUCUGAAAAUGUUUUAGGAUUUGAUCUAAUUGAAGUGUUCGAUGAUUUGGUGAAGUUUAAUUUUGACGAAAGGGAAUGGCAGCUCAUUCAACCCAUUGGAGAUCGUCCU